CUACCAGACAAGGGUUACACGGCAAACAUGUCUGAAGAUGAGAGAACUGUUAUCAAUCCAGGUGAAGUCAUUCGACCGAACGUUGACCUCGACCUCGUUUCGACACUUGUUAAGCGUUUGUAUGAUUUGGAUGUUACAGAAGGGAAAGAACUGAACAGUUACGAUGACAGGAACUAUCUUAUAACUGUAUCCAUGGAAACGGCCAACGAACAUAUCAAAAAUGUGUGUUUUCAUGGUUAUGUGUUAAAGGUGCUAAACUCUCUGGAUUCGAGAGACGAGGAUUAUGUAGAGGCACAGAAUGGAAUGAUUUUACACGUGGCAGACCAAGGGAUCCCGACCCCACGUCUAGUAAAAAAUGUCAAUGGCAAACUGAUGUCACUAGAGAGGUUCACAAGUGACAAUAAAUCAAAUAAAGACCAAGUCCUGUGGUGUGCUGUCCGCCUCCUAGAAUAUCUGCCAGGUCGUAUCCUCCUUGGAGUUCCCUACACCGCCUCGCUACUGUCACAGAUAGGGCGAAUCACAGGUCGUCUGGACAAGGCCCUAAUGGACUUCCAACAUCCUGCUCAUACACGACACAGACGCAUUUGGAAUCUAACAGAGCUUCCAGAUCUUCAGAAAUUCAUAUACUGUAUCAAAGACGACGAUAGAUCUAACUUAAUCCGUGAGGUCAUUGACAGCUUCCGGUGUGACGUCACUACGAAUUAUACUCUUCUAAAGUCAGGAACACUCCAUGCUGACGUCAACGACAAUAACAUUCUUGUUAGCGAACGCCCUAUCAAUGGAGUUUUCGACGUCAUAGGAAUUCUGGAUUUUGGAGAUUCCGUGUACUCCUAUUACAUUUUUGAGAUUGCUAUAAUCAUGUGUUACGUUAUACUCGGAAGUGACGUCAUAGAUCCUAUAGACGCCGGAGGUCACACUCUUGCUGGAUACUUAUCAGAGUUCUCUCUUGAAAAUGAAGAUUUAAAGGUGCUGAAACAGUGCGUAUGUGCAAGAUUUGCACAGUCACUAGUAAUGGGAGCGUACUCUGCUGAAAACGACCCAGAAAAUGCCGAGUAUGUGCUCACAACGGCGCAAAAAGGGUGGAUAACUCUAAAAUCUCUUUGGGAUACUCCUACUCGAGAUCUUUACAGACGCUGGGAGCAGAUAUGUCGUGAACAAUAUGGAAUCGAUGCGAAAUUUGAUUUAGACCUGUAGUAAUAUAGUCAGCUUUAAGGGAUGGGAUUUUAUGUUAUCAGAAAAGAAGACAAACAACAAAGUUAAUUUCUGAUUGUGGUUUAUUAAAAUCAGUUUGAAGUUUUGAGGAAAGAUAG